AUGGCCGCCCCGAAGAAAGCAGUUGUGGGGCCGUUGGUGGGGGCGGUGGUCCAGGGCACUAACUCCACUCGCUUUCUGGUUUUCAAUUCAAAAACAGCGGAACUACUCAGUCAUCAUCAAGUGGAAUUAACACAAGAGUAUCCAAAAGAAGGAUGGGUGGAACAAGACCCUAAAGAAAUUCUUCAGUCUGUCUAUGAGUGUAUAGAGAGAACGUGUGAGAAUCUGGAAGAACUGAAUUUUGAUAGAGCCAAAAUAAAAGCUGUUGGCGUCAGCAAUCAGAGGGAAACCACCAUAAUCUGGGACAAGUUCACUGGAGAGCCUCUCUACAAUGCUGUGGUGUGGCUUGAUCUAAGAACCCAGGGCACUGUUGACAAUCUUAGUAAAAAAAUUCCAGGAAAUAAUAACUUUGUCAAGUCUAAGACAGGCCUUCCGCUCAGCACUUACUUCAGUGCAGUGAAACUUCGUUGGAUGCUUGACAAUGUGAGAGAAGUUCAAAAGGCUGUUGAAGAAGGUAGAGCUCUUUUUGGUACCAUUGACUCUUGGCUUAUCUGGAGUUUAACAGGAGGAGUUAAUGGAGGUGUCCAUUGUACAGAUGUAACAAAUGCCAGUAGGACAAUGCUUUUCAACAUCCAUUCUUUGGAAUGGGAUAAAGAGCUCUGUGACUUUUUUGAAGUUCCAAUGGGCAUUCUUCCAAAUGUCUGUAGUUCUUCUGAGAUCUAUGGCAUAAUAAAAGGCGGGGCUUUGGAAGGUGUACCAAUAUCUGGGUGUUUGGGAGACCAGUGUGCUGCAUUAGUAGGACAAAUGUGCUUCCAGGUAGGACAAGCCAAAAACACAUAUGGAACAGGCUGUUUCUUACUAUGUAAUACAGGUCGUAAGUGCGUGUUUUCUGAUCAUGGCCUGCUGACCACAGUGGCUUACAAACUAGGAAGAGACAAGCCAGUAUACUAUGCAUUGGAAGGUUCUGUUGCUAUAGCUGGAGCUGUUAUUCGUUGGCUAAGAGACAAUCUUGGGAUUAUAGAGACUUCACAAGAUAUUGAAACACUUGCUAAGGAAGCAGGUUCUUCUUAUGGCUGCUACUUUGUCCCAGCUUUUUCAGGGGUUUACGCACCUUAUUGGGAGCCCAGUGCAAGAGGGAUAAUCUGUGGUCUCACUCAGUUUACCAAUAAAUGUCAUAUUGCUUUUGCUGCAUUAGAGGCUAUUUGUUUCCAAACUCGAGAGAUUUUGGAUGCCAUGAACCGUGACUGUGGAAUUCCAUUCCGUGAAUUGCAGGUAGAUGGAAGAAUGACCAACGAUAAACUUCUUAUGCAACUACAAGCAGAUAUUCUGCAUAUUCCAGUAUUAAAGCCUUCUAUGCCUGAAACAACUGCACUGGGAGCUGCCAUGGCAGCAGGAACUGCAGAAGGAGUAGGCGUUUGGAGUCUUGAACCUAAGGAUUUGUCAGCCGUCAGGAUGGAACGGUUUGAACCACAGAUCCAGGCUACAGAAAGUGAAACUCGUUAUUCUACUUGGAAGAAAGCUGUGAUUAAGUCAAUGGGUUGGGUUACAACUCAGUCUCCUGAAAGUGGUGAUCGUACUAUGUUCUCUAGUCUGCCUUUGGGUUUUUUUAUAGUGAGUAGCAUGAUAAUGUUAAUUGGAGCAAGAUACAUCUCAAGUAUAUCAUAA